CUAGUGGCAAAAGUUAAUGACGGAGCUUUUACAUGUUCUGUUUUUUAAUAUGUUGCGAUGUUUGAUGGUCUUUAUCAGUUGUACUAAAGGCUGAGAUUAAGACUUGAGUUUGCUUUGUUUUUUGUUUUUUGUCCCUCCGUCUCGCUGUCUGUGACUCCUCCCACACAUUCCUGUGUCUGAGAGGAGGAGGUAAGAAAAGGAAGGGGAGCCUGGUGGAAACACUCUGUGGACCCUGAUCCAGAGAGGAGAGAUGAUAAACAACAACAACAACAACAACAACAACAACAACAACAGCAGCAGCUCUCAGCUUGAAUGUGUCUGCUUCAGCUCUCUCUCACAUUUAUCUCUCUGUAUCUGAACCGACUGGACGUGUUUCGACUGUGUUUUUAUUUCUUUGCCUUCACUCCAAAAAGUUGUGGAGAACUUUCCGGUGGAGUUUGAGGUUUCCAGCCUGACUGUCUGCACUGCAACAGAGCCCCGCUGUGUUUCUGCUGCUGUUGCUGCUGCUGGAGGAGGAGGGGAAAAACAACAAGGCCACAGAGAGUCUGUGUGGAGGAAAUCAUGGAGAUCCUGGACAGCAGUGAGUCGUUUCUUCACUGGGACAGGAACCUCAGCGAGCUGUCCGAGGCCGGAGAAAUCGACUCUGUGCUCAACACCACACACUUCUCCGAGCUGCUGGACGACCUCUCCCAGGAUGCUUUGCUGGGUCAGCUGCUCAGCGACCCCUUCCUGUCCGGGGGGAGAGACUCGGUGGAGUCCAUGGAGGAAGACGACGACGCCGACCUGUCCCCGUCUUCCCCUCUUCCGCCCCACAUCACCGCUGAGCACAGCUACUCGCUGUGCGGUGACAGCCGACCCCAGUCACCCCUGUCACACCUGACCGGAGAGCACGGCAGCGAAGCAGCUGAGUCUGAUGGCGAUUCAGCCGAGUGGCCUAUGGAGCAGGAGGAAGCCAUUGAGAGCCUCCUGUGUGAGACUCCCUCCCUGCUCCCCACGCUCUCCCUCUCUCUGGCCACCAGUGAGGGGGCCCAAACGUCCGAGGGUUCGGCCCUGGCCCCUGCUGCCACCUCGGUUCAGGUCACAGUGAACCAGAGCAAAGUCAUCAAGAUAAAGGAGGAGAAAAUCAGCCCUAAAAUUAAACUGGAGCCUCAUGAAGUGGACCAGUUCCUCAAUCUCUCACCAAAAGGUCUGGAGUCUCUACAGAUGCCUCCCACUCCCCCGAGUUCCCACAGCAGUGACUCAGAGGGCAGCCAAAGCCCCGUUCACGCCCUGCCUGGCCUCUCCUGCCCCACAUCCCCCACCAGCCCCCCUCCAUCCCAGGCUGGCCUGAAGGUGUCACCACGAGGUGCUUCGUCCUCCCUCUCCAACUCGCCUCUGCUCACCGCUCCUCAUAAACUGCAGGGUUCUGGGCCGCUGAUCCUGACCGAGGAAGAGCGCCGCACGCUGGUGGCCGAAGGUUACCCUGUUCCCAACAAACUCCCGCUCACCAAAGCUGAGGAGAAGGCACUUAAGAAGAUCCGCAGGAAGAUCAAGAACAAGAUUUCAGCUCAAGAGAGUCGCAGGAAGAAGAAGGAGUACAUGGAUGCUCUGGAGAAGAAGGUGGAGACCUGCUCCAACGAAAACAGCGAGCUGCGCAGGAAAGUGGAGACUCUGGAGUGUACAAACAAGUCUCUCCUGCAGCAGCUGCAGUCUCUCCAGGCAGCCGUGGCAGGAAAAGUUUCCAAGUCCUGCAGGAUGGUUGGCACCCAGACAUCAUCAUGCUUAAUGGUGGUUGUGUUGUGUUUCGCGCUGUUUUCGGGGAGUUUUUAUCCCAGCAGCUUUACGCCACGCUCCACCAUCACUGAAACGGGCCUCGCUUCCAAACAGCUGGAUGUCAAAGAGUCCUACACAGCUACAGUUAAGUCGAGGAGUCUGUUAUCGACUUUCGAAGACGAACAGCCGCACCUCCUCGGCCUGGGUGGUGAAUAUCCCGACCAAUGGGAGGACACGCCAGCCGUCGUGAUGGCAGCGUGGCGCCGCUCAGAGCAGCAGAAACUCGGGGUUGAGCCCACCAGGAUGGAAACACACCCACCUUUCAGGAAUAAAAGCAACGACACACAGACGUCAAAAAACCUGCUCCUUCACCUGCACAGGUCUCUGGAGCAGAGGACGAACGAGAGCAGAAGUAAAGUGAUAGAGCUGGAGAGAACAGUCAACGAGACUUCCUGAGAUUUAAAUUCACACCAAAAAAACCCCAAUCCUUCCUCCUUUACUCCCCACGAUGACCUUUGACCCCUCUCUGGAGCAUGGUUCAGUGUCCUGGAGCAAACCUCAUAUAGAAGCUUCCACUGCUGAUAUUUUAAGGUCAUUCUUUUUAAUGCCAUCUCUGCUUAAUCAGAUACACUGUAAUGGUAGGAAUAAAAAAAGAGUAGAGGGGCACUGGUUGCCUUAAUUUCUGAACUAAAGUUGCACUGAAUAGUUUUUCACGAGUCAACUUACCAGUUGUAGUUGUUUUAAUUGAUCCGGCUCGAGACACUGUGUUUAAAAAUCACACUUAGAGAAUUUCAAAGAGAGUGUGGCAUUUAUUCGAGGGGUAAUUAUAUUAAAAUAUGACAUGUGAGGCUUUUUACAGGACACUGAUGAGAACCGUUUAUAUUUAUAGACGCUUUUGUUGAUGUUUUUUUUUUUCAAAAUUUAUUGCUCUUUAUUGCUAUUAAAUGUUUUUAUUUCAUUCCAGUAAUGCGUACAGCCCAUUUUUAUACUUGUUUGUGUUCAUACUGUGUUUUGUCUUUUUAUUUUUAUUGUACUCUUUUUAUAUAUUCUUUUUUUUUUUCUUUUCGAGGGCCUAGCUUGGGGUUCCUGCACUCGUGUAACAUUUUUAACUGGGUUAAAACAAUAUAUUCAAUCUACACUCACAUUCUUUCUAUUUCCUCAAGGAAAUACUGACUGAAAUGUUCAAACCCAACCUGAAGUGGGUUAUUCUCGUUCAUAUUUGGCACGUGGGGACCCCGUUAGCUGGUCUUCGGUUCUUUUUGUACGACAGUCACCGUGUGCCAGUCAGAAGCUGAUAUUUGAGAUGUGGUUUCCUGCAAAAUUAUUUUAUUUUUGUUCCUUUAUAGGUCACGUUUGCCCAUUUGACCACAAAAUGCAAAGAGCUAACUGAGAUGAUUGAUACCACUGUCAUACCUGCAUGAUUAAUAUUGAGCUUGAGCUAAGCUAACUGCUUCUUAUUUACUGUUUAGACACUGCUGGCCUCAUUCUGGCGCUGAGCAUUGUCUAGUGAGGUUUUAGCAUACUUCGAAAAGUUUAGCUCAUCUGAAAGUGGCUAUGAAUGGUAUCGAUCUCAUCAGACUCUUGGUGUAAAAUCAGAUUGGAAUAGAAAAAAACAACAGCAUGUGAUUGGACAUUUAAAAGUAUGUUGAAACCACGGAUUCAGUUUCUGUAUCAUGUUUUUUUGUUUUUAUCUUAAAUCCUGCAACACUUUUGCCUUGCACACUUUAGCUGUCAGCUCCAGGAGUCUUUUACAGCUAUUUUACAGCAUUUGCCAAAAAUAUUUCUUUCGAGAAAUGGGAAAAAAAAGUUUCUAUUUUUGUAAAUAUGAGUUGUUAAUAAAUGAGAACGUCUAAAUGUGUCUGGGAUCUGUAGUUUGUGAACCAAUCCAUUAUUCAUUCUGACUCUAUUUUGGGCUCUGUGCUGUUGAUAAAUUAUGAACGUAAGACGUCUUAGCCGCAGGCUUUGUCCUGACUUUCUGUUUAGCUUAAUUCCAGAUCACAGUGACUUUAAACUAUCCACUUCAAGUGUGUUACACAUAGGUUUUAAAUGUCUGAGCUUUGCUGCCGUCAGCUGUAUGAUACCAAUCAGUAACAGAAGCUUUUUAAAUUAAAGUUAACCCCAGAACUCGUGGUAAUU